AUGUGGUCGGCGCUGGAACGGGCCACGCGGGCGACGUGCGGCUUCGUCCGCCGCCACAAGAAGCUGCUGGUCGUGACGAGCGUCGGCGCAGUGUGUACGGGAGGCGCGUACUUCGCGUACCGUCGAAUGCUGGUCGAAGCCGAGCGCUUCAGCGAGAAGAUCCAGACGCAACUGGCCGAGCACCAGCGUCUGCAACUGGCACUGGGCAGUACUGCGGACGAGAGCCGUGCGACGGUCCAGCGAUUCCUACCACGACUGAAGACGCGCGUGUACCAGCAGUUGGAUCUCGAGAGCGUCGUGAAGGCGCUCAAGUUGCUGGACAAGACGCAGAAGACGGAGCGCACUGCGCUCUGGGAGAAGGCCAAACUGCUGGCGGUCACGCGCUACUUGACGACGCUCGUGGGUUUUGGCCUGUGGCAUCUACUGGUGUUCGCUCAAGUCUCUGUCAUUGGCAAGCGGGUGUUUGAGAAGAGCAAGCGACCAAACGUGAUGGACCAGUUCCGGGCAGAGGCAGAGGAGCAGGCACACCAUGCGUUCCUGUCGUCUGGACUCGAGUACUUUUUCGACAAAGCGCUGGACAAAGUCACGGCCCAUGUAGAGACCGUCGUGACGAGCAAUACAGAGUUACAGGCCUGGCGAGUCAGUCAGAAGACAGCGGUGACGGCAGAAGAACUGAACCAGCUGCUGCAAGCGCUGUUUGUGGCGGUACUGCCUUCACCGGCUGCAGUUGCUGCAGCAGCAAAGCACGAAGAGCUGCCCGAAGUGGUCAUGUGGAGGGAGUUUUUGAUCUACUCGGACAAGCAACAGGGUCAGGAUGAGCAUGUGAUUAGCCUCUUUAACGACUUGUGGGAUCUCCUAGAGAGCUAUCUAUUUAUGCCUGCGCUCCAGAAUAGCUUGAGCUAUCUGUGUGGCAACGCUUUUCAGGACCUCGAAGAUGUCGUCUAUGGAUCGAGCAACCCGGGAAGUCAACCCGUAGAGGAUAACGCUGAUAACGUCCCGACAACGAGACCGGCGCCGCCUCUUGCGAAGCUUAUUCCGUGCCUGCAAGCAGAGACGAACAAGCUUCUGCUGUCUUCAGGACCUAAUAGUAACGCUGCAAAAUAUUCGCAGGGUGUCGGAGAGAUUGAAGCAUUCCGGAACUUCUACGAGGCCAUAUUUUUCGAAGAGAGCUCUCAAGACUCGUCUAUGGGAUCAGCUCUUAUCUAG